UUUCUGCAUGUCCAGAGAUGCCCACUUGGCUUCCAUCCUAAGUGACGAAGAGCAGGACUACAUCACUUCUCAGCUCAAUGAGCCUGCCUGGAUUGGCCUUACGGAUGAAAAUGAGGAAGGCAACUGGGAGUGGACGGACGGCUCCAGAUUAGAAGCAGAGUACUGGUCUGAUGGCAAAUCAAGUCGCUCACUGCAAUAUGGAGCAAUAGAAAAUGAUUGCACCUACAUAGUGCCUUCGCCUAGUGGACAGAAUUGGAUGGACGGCAGUUGCUAUGAUCAAAAAAGAUGGGUUUGUAAGGAGAACUUGGAUGUGAGGGAACCAUAAAAUUGUCCAAACCCAUUACCUGGAGUCACAGCAGAACUGGAAUCUU